CUCAUCUGUUCCCUCUAGAGGAUUAUGUGCCGUUUUCAGUCAUAUAAACAAAUAUCACCCUGAUUUUGUAGCUUUUACAGCGAUUUAUUCAGAUAUGUUUCCAUAUUUAUGCUGUUUGUAAAUUCAUGGUACCGCUGUGAGGUCAGCAGAGAACCUUUGGGACCCAAACGGGAUUCCUGUGUUUAAUACAAGCCUAAACCGGUUUAAACCAGUUCAAACAGCUUUUUCUGUAUGUUAAACUAUUAAACCGUUUCUCCUUUUCCAAGAUGGCGGAAGCGCUGACGCAUCUGUCCGGAAGUUCUCGCCCAGAAGUCCGGCGGAAGCAGCUAACAGUUAGCUUCCUUUGUGCGGCCUGAGCAGGAGCAGGACGGUUGUUCUGUUGGACCUCAGCUGAACAUCUGCAGCAACAAUGAGUUCCGUUCAGCCUCUGAGGGAGUAUAUCAGACAGAGACUAUCUGCUGCUGCUGAAGACAUCUUCUCAGAGGUGGAGAGAACCAUGGUCCGCUUCGAGGAGGAGCUGGAUGCUCAGCGCAAGCUGCUAGCUGUGUGCCUGAAGCCGCAGGUCAAGUUACACAGGAUCGAACUUCUUCAGCAACAUGGUUAUAAGGAGGAGGUUCUAACUGGCUUCUGCAGUCUGGACCAGCUGGAACCAGAACCUCCACGCAUUAAAGAGGAGCAAGUGGAACCAAGUCCCCUUCAGGUCAAAGACAACCAAGAGGAACCAGAACCUCCACAGAUCAAAGAGGCUCAGCAGGGACCAGAACCUCUACAUUUAGAAGAGGCUGUGGAGGAACCAGAACCUCACGAGAAUGUAGAUGGCCAGCAUGAACAAGAACCUCUACAAAUUGAAGAGGCCCUGGCAGAACCAGAAAGUCCACAGAUUCUAGAUGACCUGAGCGAAUUAGAAUUUCUAGAUAUUGAAGAGGACCUGGAGGAACCAGAAAGUCCUCAGAUUAUAGAUGACCUGGAUGGACCAGAACCUCUAGAAACAGAAGAGGGACCAGAAGAAUCAGAAUCUUUUCAGAAUAAAAUCCGAAAAGUAGAAUUCUGGACCAGGCAUGAUGAUGAGGGUCUGCUACUGAGGAAGGAGUUCGAUACCUUUGUGCCCCGUCACAGAAAAUCCAAAAGCGAAGAACUUUUAAGGGGUUCUGAAAACAAUCCUGGAAACGUCCACAUGACAGAAGCCCGACAGGACCAAGUUCUGACUGAGCAAGAAAGCAACUUCAGUUUGGACCCAAAGGAACCAGAACAUCCACAGAUUAAAGAGGAGCAGGAAGAAGUGGGCUCCGGUCAGGCUGGACAGAGACAGGAGACUGAUAUCUUUAUGGUGACUAUUAAUUAUGAUGAAAGUGAGCAGAGCGAACCAGAACCAAGCAGUUCCCAGCAGUCCGAAGAUUCAGAUGAACCCAAACCUUUCGUUUGCAAGACGUGUGGCAAAAGAUUCUCCAACAUGUUGCUGCUACACGAUCACCGAGACACCCACCAGAAGGAAAAGCCCUAUUCCUGCCAGCUGUGUACGAGGCGGUUCGCCCGGCGGGACAGCGCCUUCCGCCACAUGAUCACCCACACGGGCGAGAAGCCCUUCUCAUGUCAGAUCUGCGGGGAGAAGUUUGGCUUGAACAGCCAUUUGUUGCGUCACCUGCGGAGGCACACAGGGGAGAGGCCUUUCUCCUGCCAAUACUGCCACAAACGCUUCAGUCAGAGCAACACGUUGAUCUGUCACGUUAGAACCCACACCGGCGAAAAGCCGUACCCCUGCAGGGUUUGUGGGAAGGGCUUCGUUAGGAGGAGUGCCAUGAACAUCCACAUGAGAAUACACACAGGUGAGAAACCGUUUAUAUGCAAAGUUUGUCACAAAACCUUCAGUCGAGGGACUGGGUUGAGCUACCACAUGAGGACGCACACAGGUGAGAAGCCGUAUUCCUGCAAGCUGUGUGGAAGAACAUUCAGACAGUCCAGCCACCUGAUGUGCCACAAGAGGAACUCGCAUGGCUUAACCCCGAGAGAAUAGAAACGAAGGUUUCUGCCUGAGCAGAAUGAGUCAAACAUGGUUCAGAUGCUGAGUGGACUUCAACCGGUUCUUCUGGGGCCCAGCGAUACCAGGAGCCAGUAAAACAUUUCAUUGACCCCCAGCAGGUGGCGCUGUUCUGUGGAGCAACAGUGUUAGCAUAGCUGAUGCUACUUUAAAUAUGCUACCUGUUGUUCAGAAGGACAUAUGGCAAGCCUAUUUAUCAUAUAGUUAUGUAGGCUCUCCAAACGUCAUCAGUAUUGAGUUAAUGUUUUAGUUACCCAGAAGACCAUCUGUUCUCAUGAUGAACAUCUAGAAACUUCUACGUUCCUCUUGCUUGUUGUUGGACCUUCAGCUCCAGAUAUCUGCUAAUAUCUAAUAAAACUACAGAGGUUCCUCCUGAGAAGAAGGAACGUUGUUGAUCAUUCUUAGAUGCCUCUAAUUCCAUCAUUUUAGUCAGGUUCCUUUGGAACGUCCAGUUAUUACAGGUGAGCAUAUCAUCAGGGUUCAGCGGUCCUGCUUCUCCAGCUCGUUUUAAAGCUCAGGCAGCAGUCCUCCAACAGUGGUGCACUUUGACCUACAAUAGUGGACUAGAAGGAGCAGUGACAUGUGGAUGUGAGUGAAGUAGCAUCGAGUUGUGGAUAUCUGAAGCUGAACGCUCAACACAAAGAAGAAAGAAAAAGGAUUUUCUGGAAUAUUGAAAAUGUCCGUUAUGAAUCGGAAGGAAGUUCUUCUACGUUUCCUUUGAUUUCAGUGAAGGACGAACUCCUGAAAAUGACUUUUCAUUAAUAACCUGCAUGUAGAACAUGGUGAGGUCCUUAAGGCACAACUAUCUACAACUUAUUUAUGUGUGUGUGUGUGUGUGUGUGUGUGUAAAUAAAUGUAAAUAAUGAGCAUUUUUGUCAAAGCAAGACCUACAUCCACAACCAGAACCAUGAAAGACUUUUUCCCUGAAAUCUGAUCCAAUUCUCUGUAUGAAGCUCAGAACCAGAACCUGUACUCAUUCACAGCUUUAGGUUAGGGAAAACAAGAGUCUCAUGAUUGGAGGUCCGAUUCUUUUGGCUCGGCUCCCUUAGAACCGACUCCUACAGCUCUCUGAUGGUUCUGUGUCACCAACAGUUAAUCAGUGAAUCCUAGCCAGAUGCUGCUGGUCUCCUGACCCGUUUUCUUUACAUCUGGGUUCCUAAGCUGAAGAAGAAACUGAUCUGGACCAGUUGUUCAGAAUCUUGUUUGGAGUACAAUGUGUUUAUGUCGAACACAUUCUGGUGACACCGUUCUGUGAAAUAAAACUCCAUGAAGGAGCCACGGGCUGAUCCCUGUGGAGCUCCAGAUCUCAGCUGAGGGAUUGAAGAUCUUCGGACUGUUGGAGGUCUUAGUGUGAAGAUAAAUACACUCUGACAUUACAGUUAAAAUGUCUGGAGGACAGCAAAUGGAUCCCAUCAGCACCUACCAUCUCCUGAUCCUCUGUGGCCACAGGCUGUGUUCAGUCUCCAUGGUAACCAGCUGCUUUACUGGCCGACGGGGGUCUCCAUGAUUGCUUUGGGUGUUCCCUUCAUAAAUGCAUUAGAGCUUCAGGACGCAGGUUCCACAGUAGAACCUGGAGCAGGAAGUUGAGCUUCCAGCAGGAUCCAUGUUUAGACCUGCAGUAAAUUAUCCUGGAAUGAUGAACAGAGAAGAGUAGAAACUAAACGUUUUAGACAUUAUAUGAAUGUUUUAUCUCUAAUCGUGCCUGUUUGAAAUAUCUAGCAUCUAUAUGCUUCUUAUCGUAUCGAUGUAAGCUUCAGUAUAUGUUCUACUCUGUUGUGAGAUGUUCUGGGGUUUGGUUCUGUGCUGUUCAAGGUCAUUAAAAACAAAAUUUGUGAAAGAA